GGUACCAAGUGAAGUUAAGUUGCUCUUAUUAGGAUCCUCUUUGAACGUUAAUAGAACCCAUUUCCCUCGCCAACGGAAGCAAUGAGCAAGGAAAAGGUAUUGUUGGCCUAUUCGGGCGGGCUGGACACGAGCUGCAUUCUGAAAUGGUUGCUCGAGCAGCAGUACGAAGUGAUCUGCUUUAUGGCGGACGUUGGGCAGACCGAGGAUUUCGCGGCAGCCCGCGAUAAAGCGCUCAAGAUCGGUGCCACUGACGUGGUGGUGAAGGACAUGAAGGAUUUCUUCGUUGAAAAGUUCGUCUGGCCCGGUGUGCAGAUGGGAUUGAUCUAUGAGGAUCGCUACCUGCUCGGUACCUCAUUGGCCCGGCCGUGCAUCUCGAAAGGAUUGAUGGAUGUAGCAGCACAGCGUGAUUGUACGUACAUUUCGCACGGAGCUACCGGCAAGGGUAAUGAUCAGAUACGGUUCGAGCUGAGCUGCUACGCUCUGAACCCUUCGAUUCGCGUCAUUGCUCCCUGGCGGAUGGAGGAGUUUUGCCAGCGCUUCCAAGGUCGUACGGAUCUGCUGGAGUAUGCCAAGCGCAAUAACAUUCCUGUCGCUGCCACCCCGAAAUCUCCUUGGUCGAUGGAUGCGAACAUUAUGCACAUCAGCUACGAAUCGGGCAUCCUGGAGGAUCCUUCCGUGGCAGCACCCGAGGAGAUCUAUCAGCUGACGCAAUCACCGGCGCGAUCUCCCGACACUCCGACCGUGAUUGAAAUCGUGUUCAAAGCGGGUCUGCCAGUUCGUGCUACCGAGUUCGUCAGUGGUCGAACGAUGGAGAAACCGUUGGACAUUCUAGCUUUCCUGAAUAAGGUAGGAGGUGAGCACGGUGUCGGGCGUAUCGACAUUGUCGAGAAUCGUUACAUUGGACUCAAGUCACGUGGCAUCUAUGAAACGCCUGGGGUAACGGUGCUGCACUGUGCCCACCGGGAUCUGGAGGUCUACUGUCUCGAUCGGGAGGUGUUGCGCGUGAAGAAAUACCUCGCCGAUCGCAUGGCGGACUACGUGUACAACGGGUACUGGUACGCUCCGGAAGCGGAGUACGUGAGGAAGUGUAUCAUUGAAUCGCAGAAGAAUGUAUCUGGCAAGGUUGUUGUUGAAAUGUUCAAAGGCCAUGCAAUGGUAAUAUCGCGUGAUUCCAUAAACUCUGUCUACAACCAGGAACUGGCAUCGAUGGAUUUACAUGGCAAUUUUACUCCCUAUUCGGCCACAGGAUUCAUUGAGAUAAAUGCGAUGCGACUGAGAGAACACCAUAGAGUGUUUGGAACAGCUAACAUGACUAAACAUUUCUCCCGUACCGAAUCCGACUUGAAGCUGAAUUAACGACGCAAAUGUAACGAUCCCUACUAGAUUUGAACAUUA